AUGAGCAAGAUGGCAGCCAAUACACUUCUAUCCAUUGCCUUCUUGGCCAUGGUUUUGUCUCUGGCCUCUGCUUCUGAUCCCUGUCCUUUGCAGGACUUUUGUGUUGCUUUUAAUGACACCAAGGAAGCUGGUAUGUAUUCAGUGUUUGUGAACGGGAAAUUCUGCAAAGAUCCAGAGCUAGCCACAGCAGAUGAUUUUUUCUUUUCAGGACUUAAUGUGCCUGGGAACACAUCGAACCAACUUGGCUCUAAUGUCACACUAGUAAAUGUUGAUAAACAAGCUGGCCUUAACACCCCUGGUAUCUCAAUAGCUCGUCUUGACUUUGCUCCAUAUGAUCUCAACCCUCCCCACAUGCAUCCUCGUGCCACUGAGCUCCUCACUAUCUUGGAGGGAACCCUCUAUGUUGGAUUCAUUAUGUCCAACCCAAGCAAUAGCCUAGUCACCAAAAUUCUUUGUGCAGGUGAUAAGGAAGCUCAUGGCCAUCUAUUACUUGAUCGAGAUUGGGUGUGGACUCAUGGUUGCUCAGAGCUAUCACCAGUUCCAACUCUCUUGGUGCCUCAGUGGUCUUUCACACAUGACGAGUCAAGAAAUGAUGUAAUGGCAGUCUCAAUUUAUAGCACAGAUUCAUCAACAGAGAAAUCAAAAAACCGAUCUUCACUUCAAUUCUUCCCCCAGGGUUUUGAGAAGGAGCGGUUUCAAAAAAUGUGA